CGGCUGCCUUUCGUGAGUUACAUCACUGUAGAGCUUCGUACGGGAUAGCUGACGGUCUAGCGCACGCUCUUCGACACUGCGAAUUUUCCUCGCGACAUUUUCGCAUCUCACAAUGAUUUACGUGAAGUCAGAAUAUUUGUGGUGUUUUGUAAUAGGUGUUUGCAUUUUUACGGAUGCCCAAAAUGUGACGGAAAACGAAAUCAGACCUUACGAGUUUACGUUUAAUAUUGUUGAUUUUCAACAUCGAUCGGAGAAAAAAGACGAUGAUGGUUUAAUUACUGGCGAAUAUGGAUUUAUAACCGCGGAUGGUAUUUACCAUGAAACUGCAUAUGCAACAGAUAAAACUGGUGAUUUUAUCAUCACUAAAAUGAGGCAUAGAAAAAUAACUAGUUUGAAAGAUGCUGAAGAAAUUUUUAAAGACAAACCAGAACAAGCGAAGAUGCUAGCUGAAGCUCUUGUAAAAUCUUGCGCGUCGUGUGAAAUUCCUGAAUUAGAAAGACAAGAAACAUCCUCUUUUGUGAAAGCGGAAACUACGACUACUAUACCAAAGAAAGUCGAAGUCCGCUUGGAUAAAAAAUUAGACCUUGCUAUGAAGGAGAUGAUGAAAGUGCUGAGUAAAAAAGCUGAUAUGGUGCAAACAGACAAUACCGAGGAUAAAUUUUCCCGCAAAGAAAAGAAAUUAUCUGGUAUCUCAGAUCGAUCAGGAAAGGAGCUGAGCCCGUUGAUCAACAACACGACAAACGAGAUCAUUCGUGACAUGAUGGAUGCAGCGAAAAAGGUCUUAGAGAACGUCGGUCCUGAAAAUGAAAGGGAAAAAUUGACGAGCGACGAGGUACUGGAGAAAAUGGCGAACGAUUUGUUCUACCGAUUUAACUAUACAAUUACUUCUCACGGCCAUUGGGAGGACGGAUUUCGCGACGGUAGAAAAGAUGGCGAGUAUAAUGCGAAAUUCAAGGAGGGCAUAGACACACACGUAAAGUACAUAUCCAAUGAAUUUGGUCAUCAGCCGAAUAUAACGUUGGUUCCACGGCAAGAAAAAACUAUCGAUGAUGACAAUACCGACAAUGAAGAAAACAAAACUACAACCAAGGAGGAACCUUAUAGAGGACACUAUUUCAAUUGGUUCAAGAAGUAAAUGUCAUUUCAAAAGUACCUGAUUAAAUCGUUCAAUUUUACCGUAGCGGUAUUACUUUAUUAGAGCCAAUUAUAUAAAUAAUUUUAUCACAUUUUACUGUAACUAAAUAUGUAUGGUUUUAUUUUGAUUGUAGUCAAACCAAGUAUAAAAACUGAAAGUGAAUAUGAUUAGAAAAACUAAUCAGUCUCAUAUUUUAACAUUCAUUUAGAAUGUAUAUUCAGAAGUGAACACGACUGUCAAUUUGGAGAUAUUCAUACUAUAUUUUUGAAAAUAAUAAUGAUAAUUUUUGUAAUUU